CAACCGUGCCCGGCUGAGCCGCUUUCCAGUUGGCUGAAGCCACUUUCCUGAGGUUUAGUCGUCGCGGCGGCGGUGGGAAUUGCAGGUGGCCCAGCUUCAUCCUUUCGACAAUAUAUUGGGAGGGAAGUAUUGAGUUUGAUGAUUGGAGUAAUGAGGUCUUUUGCUGCUUCUGUUGACUCACAAUAUCAUCUGAAACAAGUCACUUUAUUUUGCAUCAGUUUACAUAUCUCACCUUCCACUUAUGCUUGCAGAUGGGUCAAGGGCUGUGGAGAGUGGCUAGAAACCAGCAACUGCAACAGGAAGGCUAUAGUGAGCAAGGCUACCUCACAAGAGAACAGAGUAGGAGGAUGGCUGCUAGCAACAUUUCUAAUGCAAACCAUCGCAGACAAGCCCAAGGAGGCAUUGACAUAUAUCAUCUUUUGAAAACAAGGAAAUCUAAAGAACAGGAAGGAUUCAUUAAUUUGGAAAUGCUGCCUCCUGAACUAAGUUUUACCAUUUUGUCCUACCUGAAUGCAACUGAUCUUUGCCUGGCUUCAUGUGUUUGGCAGGAUCUUGCUAAUGAUGAACUUCUCUGGCAAGGGUUGUGCAAAUCCACUUGGGGUCACUGUUCUAUAUACAAUAAGAACCCACCUCUAGGAUUUUCUUUUAGAAGAUUGUAUAUGCAGCUGGAUGAAGGCAGCCUCACUUUUAAUGCCAACCCAGAUGAGAUACAUUUCCUGAAAAUAUUUCCUGCAAAUAAAUUUCCAACAAAUAGAGUUAACCAAGUGGUGGGAGUGAACUACUUUAUGUCCAAGGGCAUCCUGGAUGAUUCACCAAAGGAAAUAGCAAAGUUCAUCUUUUGUACAAGAACACUAAAUUGGAAGAAGCUAAGAAUCUAUCUUGAUGAAAGGAGAGAUGUCUUGGAUGACCUUGUGACAUUGCACAAUUUUAGAAAUCAGUUCUUGCCAAAUGCACUGAGAGAGUUUUUUCGACAUAUUCAUGCCCCUGAAGAGCGUGGAGAAUAUCUUGAAACUCUCAUAACAAAAUUCUCGCACAGAUUCUGUGCUUGUAAUCCUGAUUUGAUGAGAGAGCUUGGCCUUAGUCCUGAUGCUGUCUAUGUACUGUGCUACUCUUUGAUCCUGCUUUCCAUCGACCUUACUAGUCCUCAUGUGAAGAACAAAAUGUCAAAAAGAGAAUUUAUUCGAAAUACCCGGCGUGCUGCUCAGAACAUUAGUGAAGAUUUUGUAGGGCAUCUUUAUGACAACAUCUACCUUAUUGGCCAUGUGGCUGCAUAAAAGCACAACUGUUGGGACUUUAGUUUUGAAAGGUGAAAAUAACUAAAGCUAACCAAGAAAUUAAUUUGUAGAUAUGGGGGUUACACUAGUGCUGGUCAUUCUAACCUCUGCAUACAAUCAAGUGUAUGUAUACUACCUUUUUUUUUUUUUUUUUUUUUUUUUUAGUAAUUUACUAUGGGAACUGAAAGAUUUUUACAGAAAUUUUUCUUAAUUUUCUUUAUCAUGUUUUGCACAAAGCAGAGUCGGACACAACCAUUUAAGAAUAUUUAAGCUGACAUUACACUAAAAAUAUGGUAAAUUUGUGCAUUUGAUUUGCUUCAGAAAUCUUAACCAGUUCCAUUCUUUUAUAAAAUAUCAUAUAAUGUGUACAUAUUUAACUAAAGAGAUUUAUAAUCAUAAUUAUUUUAUUGUAUAGUAUUUUAACUAAAGUUUUUCCUUUUCUCUCUAAAGUUGAGUUCUGAAUUUCUUUACUACUGAUCAGAGAUUGCAGUUGUUUUCCUGAAAGCCAAAUCUGACUUCUGCGUGAUUCAUUAAUAACAAUAUUUAUUUCAUUUUUAAACUAGAAAGAAGAAAACUAAUUUCUUUUUAAUUUUAUGUUGCAUGUUAUCUGUAUAUACAUCUGUGUUUAUGUGUAUACACACGUAAUUAGACCCAUGAUUUUAGGGAGACAGCAUGACAUAAUAGUUAGAGUGCUAAAACUGGAGUGAGUCCUGCCUGUAAUAUUUUGUCACCUUAAGCAAGUCAUUCAACUUCUUAUUGACCUAUAUAAUUCCCUAACACUAUAAAUUGUUGAUUAACUGGUGAUUAGCAUCUAUGGUAGGAGUUUCCAUAUUGGAAAUUCUAAAACAUAAUGAUAAAAUCACUAGUCUGGUGCCAUACCCCCAUUGAUGUACACACAUAUAUGUAUACAUAUGUAUACAGCAACAUAAAGAUACACGAUGGGUAUAAAUGGGUUGCAGCAUAUUAUCAACCAUUACUUUCAUGCAAGAAAUAGUGUGUGUCAUGUGUAUACAUAUAACUACAUAAUAUAUGUAUAUGUACAUAUAAGCAUAUGUUAAUAUCUGGAGUAAGAAAGAUAUGUUUUCCCCAUAAUCAUUUUGUUAUUUCAGCUUAACCACUAAUUAAGCUAAGAUACCGAGUAAUAUUUUUUUACCUAGAAUAAGACAUGAUGUUUGUCUUCUUAGAAUUUAUAUUUUAAUAGCAUUUAAAUUUUUUGUUCCAUACAGGUACAUCCUGUGAUGGAAAAAAAAUUAAAUCUUAAGAUACUGUAACAUUCUUAUUCACUAUAGAUUACAUCUAUGUUUCAAGAAUUUCUUUUCCUCAGUACUUGAAUAUAGAAUAAAAUAUUCAUUAAGUAGCAUAGUAAAUCUUUCUUGACUGUCUUUAAAAUAGCAAGGGGUACUAUCUUCUCUGAAAUACGUUCUUGCCAGUAAGAUUUCAAAAGGGAUAUAGUAUUGUCAUUUCAAUCUGGUUAGGAAGUGAGCUAUUCCAAUUAAUCAGAUUGUUUUGGUUAACAGUAAGUUAUCUAUGCCAUAAAUAUAUUAGCAGUUUUUUAAAAAUUGUAUGUUAAAGCAGGAAUUAUAUAGAUCAUAGCUUAAUAAUUGAUGAUUCAGAAAAACCCAUUAGAAUUAUGAGUGUGUCUGUAUUUAUUGAGGCUCAUCACUUUAAUCUAAAUGUUUCUUCCUCUCCUAUCCUUACCUCUCCCAAAAAUCUACAUACAAAGAUAAAAGAGAUGAUUCAGUUUUGUAAGAUCACACUUAUGAAUUGGUAGAUAAGUUUUUUUUUCUCUUAUUUUGGAGGAAUGGAAGAAUAGGGGAAAAAAACCAUUUAGAUCAAAGUGGGGAACCUCCAUUGUUGUCCAGAUCUGGUCUACAUAUACACUCCAAGGACAGUGCUUUAAUAGAUAGCCACCAACAAUAAAUCAACAUUUGAUAAGUGCCUCAUAUUUCCAGAUCCUAUACGUGCAUAUUCCCUCCAUUAUUUCAAAUCACAGCCAUUCUAUGCCUUUUCCAUCUCUCUACCUUUUACCUGUUUUUGUAGACCUUCUUCAACGACAACCAAGGGCUGUCCAUUACAUCUAGUUCUUGCUGCAUAAGUUACUUCUUUGUCUAGUAAGGUAUUUCCUUAUGCUUUCUUCUUAUACCAUUUCUUUCAGACAAGUAAUGGUUAGUAAUAUAUUGUAUCCUACUUAUACCCAUCGUGUAGUUUAUGUUGCUGCAUUUUUUUUUUAAUUCAUGGGACUGGUAUUCUAUGUUAUGUAGCUAUGUAGCAUCGGGAAAUAUUUUGUAGUAAUAAAAGCAAAUUGAAAUAAUUGAAAAUGAUUCACAGUUUCCCCCAAAAAAACUUAGUACACGCAUAUAUUCAGUUUUAGACCCAGAUUGGUGUAUUCUGCAGGAUCUUGAUAUAUGUACUUGUGUAAUAACACAAUGUUUAUCUUAUAAAACUGCAUGUCAUAAUUUCUGGAAUACUCAUUUUUCAUCUACCCAGUUUUACUUAGGUAAAUUGCUAGACUUGACUCUUUUCAGUGAUUUCAGUUCAUUUAAGAGGACCUAUGUUAUUGUAGAACUUGAAGCUGAUUUAGUGGAAAGGCACUAACUGCAAUCAAAGAACAUGAAUUUGAAUCUCAAUUUUGACAUCAGACCAGGUCAUAUUACCUUCUUAGUUUCCUCAUCUUUGAUGUGAAGAGGAUAAACUAGAUGGCCUCCUGAGUCCCUUCCAGCUCUAUAUACAUGAUCCUUACAAACACAAUGUCUUCUACAAACAGGAACACAUAUACAACCUGACGAUCUGUAAAGAAUCUCAUUUGGCUAUCUUAAAGACAUCUCCUUUGGCUUGCUCCUGUUGAACUUAUAUUGUAUCAUUCCCUUAAUAGAAGGUUCUCUAAUUACAUCAAGGAAUCUUUUGUGAUUGGAAUAUAUAUAGCAAUUGUUUCAGUUUUGCAAUAUUAAUGUCAGAUGUGCUUUUGUAACCAGAAAUUAACAGAAUCUUCUGUCAUGAAAAUUAUCCAAAUUUGUUCCAAAGAACCUUUUAUUUUUAUGACUUAAGAUGUGAUUUGCUGUGAAAAGUCAUCUGUCAGCACCUUUCUAUUCCUUUCUUACAUUUUCAUUGAGAAUACUCUAUACUGUUCUCAUAAAGAUAUCAUGAAAGUAAGGAAGUAAACUCUUGGUUUAGUAUUAUAAUUACAUCUUACAAUCAACAUUUUGAUAAUGAUAAUUUCUGAUCUUCUUUUAGUUCUUUAGGGUCAUCCCGUCUUUAAAUAUCUUGAAAAUUGAUCACUGAUUGCUUUUAAAAUUGUUUUCUACUUCAGCGUUAAUUUUUUUCUUUAUAUAUUUGCUCAAGUCCUGGCUAUUCUUCUUUAUACUUUAUCCCUUUUAAGUGACAUUUUCUUCCCCCAUAAAGAAUGUUAGGUACUGAGUUGUUAAGACUUCGUAUCUGUCUGUGAUCAGGAUAAACUUCUUGCAAUUUCAUCUAUAAGUCUUCUUGGAAUAACUAGGCUUAACUGGAUCUCACAACAAGUUUCUGUAUCUCUCUACUCUAUAAGGUUUUCUUAGUUUAUAUUCUAAAUUGGUGUUGCUCUUGAUUAGUUUGUCUUUUUUGUUUUUUUAAAGCAAAUAUAAGGUCUGGCUGAUGCAGUUUCUUUUCUUGUGGUGACAUGGUACCCACUUUUCUUUUUUUUAAGCAGUUAAACUUCUCUUAUAAAUGAUAACAAAAGAUCAAUGUCUUAAAGAAUUUGUUUAGAUCAGGUUGAAACUGAUAAGUCCUACAAUAUCUUAAUCAUUUUUCCUAGUUUUGGUUUUGAAAUUGAUUUCAACCUUUUACUCUAAUCUGCAUAUAAAGAGCUGAUGGUGAAAUUAUUCCCAUCAAUGGUAGCCAAUCAUUUCCUGUUUUUUAUGACCAUUUUCAUUUUCUUUAAUGUUGUUUGGUGUUCGUGAUUUCUAGCCUCUCCUGACUCUUCUGAGGAAAAUAUUUGAGCUUCUAAUUUAUCAGUCCUAACCUAUAUUUUCUGUUUUUCAUUGUUCUUACCCAUAUUCAUCUUAAUAAUGUAAUCUUUGAAAAGCAAGUUUAUGUUGACUUGGUUUGAAGAAACUUAUAUUCUUCAUAGAAUUUCUCUUCAUCCUCUGAAACAAAUGUUGGUACAGUAUUGGUCAUAUUAUUCUAAAUGUAACAUUAAAUCAUUGUGAAAGGAAAUAAUCUUGAUUUUCAAAGAAUAGAACAUGAAUGUCAGACAACUUGAAUAUCAAAUGGAAGUGGUAAUGAUAGGUAUCUAAGGUUUUAAAUAAAUUUCUAAAAUAUGCCAUUUCUGCUUACCUGUAAAAUUGAAAAUUCCAUAAGAAAAUAAGCUUUAUUACAAAAGCAAUGUAAAACUUUUUUAAAAAUCAAGCUAAUAACCCAAAUGAAAAGAAUCCUUAAUAAUACGUUCCACGAACAGCUUUUGGUGACAAUAACCCUAGUGUCCACAUCCCAGCUGUACAACUGAGGACAUUAUUUGUCUCUAUCCAUAUCUUCCUCUCUGCCUUUUUCCUCUGACUUCUAGGUUUUUCUUCCUUCUCUAUAUCUUUUCCCCUCUGCCUACAUACUUUUUCCUUCUUCCUUCCUUCCUUUUCUGCUUUAUCAACUUCUAUAUUUCUCCUUUCUCGUCUGUUGUGCUAUUAAAUACCCCAAGUAAUUUUCUCUUUACUGGCUAUAAUGUCAAACCAAAGUGUUUUUAUUACCACUAUUUAUCUCUGUCUCAGCUUAGUAGUUGAGAAUGGUUUACAACUCAGGUUUGAAAGAAAUAAAACCUGGGUUUAUGCUUCUUA